ACCUGAUCGGAGAUACAACGUGGGGUGCAAGAGUCCACAGAUGAGGGGUGCAGUAAGGCCAGGACCCAGCCUCCAUGGCCAUAGCCCAUCACCCAGCUGUAAACAGGAGAAUAUCUAAAGCAAAGCUGCAAGGGCACGAAGAAUUUUAAGAAACCUGAAGAUCCCCAAAGUCACUAGAAGCAAGACCAUGAGGAGCAUUGAAGCUUGGAAUGAACAAGAUGAACAUAUCCACCUUAAAUCUAAUGCUUAAUGAGGAAAAAGACUGUUUUAUUGGAGCUGGGGAGUCAUGAAAGAAUCUCAAGAAGAGAACUUGGAUAAUGAAUGGAAGAUAAAAAGAAAACAAAAAGAAUGUGGCAUAUAAAGGGUAUAAUACCUGGAGGUAUUAGAUCUGACUCAUAUUUAUAAAAAUGAGACGAGCUUUCACAAAAUACAAGUUAUCUUAGACAGUCAUCAAGCUUGGAGCCAUGCUGUUGAACUAGAAAUUCUCCUUUUCCCCAUUCUCCUUUCUGACAGGUAACAAAGGAUUGGUGAAUUACCAUUUUCCCAAGUUGGAAGCACUAAUUUUUAUCUAUAUAGUCCAUCCUUAUGAAUAUAUAAGGAGCUAAACAUUGCAUAUUUAAUGUGGAUUGUAAUGGGAAACUGACUCGUUAACAAAAAUGGCCACUUUUAAGGACUUGGUUUCAAACUGAGCUGGAGCCUCUCAAUGCACUUUGUACAAUUUGGGGAAAGGUACUGAAUGGCCUUCUUUGGGAGGCCAUGAUGACAUGUAGUAAAAGGAUAUCAUCUUACUGUUGAUAUCUUUGAAGACUCAUAAACAGAAACAGAAAAAUGAAUGGAGGAAAGGAGUGUGACGGAGGGGACACGGAUGGAGGGCCACCAGCAGUGCAAGUUCCAGUUGGGUGGCAGCGACGGGUAGACCAAAGUGGAGUGCUCUAUAUCAGUCCCAGUGGGUCUUUAUUAUCGUGCUUGGAGCAGGUGAAGACUUACUUGCUGACUGAUGGGACAUGCAAGUGUGGCCUGGAAUGUCCUCUGGUUCUUCCCAAGGUAUUUAAUUUUGAUCCUGGAGCUGCUGUGAAACAGAGAACUGCUGAAGAUGUUAAAGCAGAUGAAGAUGUCACCAAACUAUGCAUACAUAAAAGGAAGAUUAUUGCUGUGGCUACACUUCAUAAGAGCAUGGAAGCACCACAUCCUUCACUGGUUCUAACUAGUCCUGGUGGUGGAACAAGUGCGACUCCAGUAGUUCCUACUCGAGCAGCAACUCCAAGAUCGAUGAGGAAUAAAUCGCAUGAAGGAAUUACAAAUUCUGUGAUGCCAGAAUGUAAGACUCCUUUCAAGUUGAUGAUAGGGGCAUCUAAUGCCAUGGGUAGGCUUUACGUGCAAGAAAUGGCUGGAAGCCAGCAACAAGAACUUCAUUCUGUCUAUCCGAGGCAGAGAUUGGGUAGUAAUGAACUGGGACAGAAGUCUCCAUAUCGUGGCAGUCAUGGUGGGAUGCCCAGUCCAGCAUCAUCAGGAUCACAGAUAUAUGGAGAUGGCUCCAUCUCUCCUAGGACUGACCCACUUGGAAGCCCUGACGUUUUCACAAGGAGCAAUCCCAGUUUUCACGGAGCACCCAACUCCAGUCCUAUUCACAUGAACAGGACACCUUUAUCUCCACCAUCAGUAAUGCUACAUGGUUCUCCCAUACAGUCAUCCUGUGCAAUGGCUGGACGGACUAAUAUACCUCUUUCCCCAACCCUGACCACAAAAAGCCCGGUAAUGAAAAAGCCCAUGUGUAGUUUUUCAGCCGGUAUGGAAGUCCCACGAGCAAUGUUUCACCACAAACCGCCCCAGGGCCCACCCCCGCCUCCCCCUCCGCCUUCGUGUGCUCUUCAGAAAAAGCCAUUGGCAUCAGAGAAGGAUCCGCUUGGCAUCCUGGACCCCAUUCCUAGCAAACCGCUGAAUCAGAAUCCCGUGAUCAUGAACCCAGCGCCCUUCCAUGCGAACGCCCACUCUCAGGUACCCGUGAUGAAUGUAAGCAUGCCCCCCGCCGUCGUCCCCCUGCCGAGCAACCUCCCUUUGCCAACCGUAAAGCCCGGGCACAUGAACCACGGGAGUCACGUUCAACGAGUUCAGCAUUCGGCUUCAACUUCCCUCUCUCCUUCCCCAGUGACGUCCCCCGUUCACAUGAUGGGGUCCGGGCUUGGGAGGAUCGAGGCUUCUCCCCAAAGAUCACGUUCUUCUUCCACGUCUUCGGAUCAUGGGAAUUUCCUGCUGCCUCCGGUGGGACCACAGUCAUCCUGCAGUGGUAUUAAAGUUCCCCCGAGGUCCCCACGGUCAACGAUAGGGUCACCCAGGCCAUCUAUGCCAUCCAGCCCUUCCACCAAGCACGAUGGACUCAAUCAAUACAAGGACAUCCCUAACCCAUUAAUUGCUGGAAUGAGUAAUGUAUUAAACCCUCCAAACAAUGCAGUGUUUCCCACUGCAUCGGCUGGAAGCGGUUCCUUGAAGAGUCAGCCGGGUUUGCUGGGAAUGCCUUUAAAUCAGAUCUUGAACCAGCACAACGCUGCCUCUUUUCCAGCAAGUAGUUUACUCUCAGCAGCAGCCAAAGCACAGCUAGCAAAUCAAAAUAAACUUGCUGGUAACAACAAUAACAGCAGUAGCAAUUCUGGACCUGUUGCCAGCGGUGGCAACAACGAAGGACACAGCACUUUAAAUACCAUGUUCCCUCCUGCUGCCAACGUGCUCCUACCAACAAGCGAAGGGCAGAGUGGCCGAGCAGCACUGAGAGACAAACUGAUGUCUCAGCAAAAAGACGCUCUGAGAAAAAGAAAGCAGCCGACCACCACGGUGUUGAGCUUGCUGAGACAGUCUCAGCUGGACAGUUCUGGAGUCUCCAAGGCUGGAUCCGAUUCGAUAAGGAAGCAAAGUCAAAGCUCAUUUCCCAUCAGUUCGAUGUCCCAGUUACUGCAGUCCAUGAGCUGUCAGAGCUCCCACAUGAGCAGCAAUAGUACCACCACGUGUGGGAGCUCCAGCACUGCUUUGCCUUGCUCGGGCGCCCAGAUGCAUUUUGCAGACGCCGCCGUGAACCCGGGCGCCCUCCCGAACGCCCUGGCCGCGGGGCUGCCCUUGCGCGGGGACGGCGGGCACUGCCAGGGCGCCAGCACCAACUUCAUCCACGGGGCCAGCCCGGGCUCGGCCCCGCACCUGGCCGGCCUCAUAACCCAGAUGCAGGCGGGCGGCAGCUGCGGGAUGCUCAGCCAGGCAGGAGCCGCCUUAGGAAACUCCCUGCAUCCGAACCCACCUCCGCCAAGAAUCCCGGCCUCCUCCGCGCCGCUGAUCCCAAACAGCCUCGUUAGCAGCUGUAAUCAAAGCAGUCCUGAAGCAGGGGUUUCGGGACCGUCAUCGUCCAUAGCCAUAGCUGGCACCAGCCAACCCGCCAUCACCAAGACCACGUCCGUUCUGCAGGACGGCGUUAUCGUCACCACCGCGGCGGGGAGCGCGCUGCAGGGCCAGCUGCCCGUCGGGAGCGAUUUCCCCUUCGCCGCUCACGAACACUCCCUUCAUUUCCCGCAGAGCAGCGCUUCAAACAACAGCCUUCCACACUCCUUGAAUCAAAACCUCCUCAAUUCUCUGCCUAUCUCCUUGCCAGUGAAUCAGCAACAUCUCCUAAACCAGAAUCUAUUCCCCCUGCUCCUCCCGGCCGUCUCGGCGGCCUCCGCGUUAAUGGCCUUGAACCCCCAGCUGGUGGGAGGUGUCCUGAACUCGGCGGCGGGCAGCGGCGCUCCUCAUCCAGAGCUGUCCAUAGCCACCUCCUCCCAGGCCACCACCACCACCACCACCACCUCCUCCUCCGCAGUGGCCGCACUGUCUGUCUCCACCCUGGCCGGUGGCACAGCAGUGGUGUCCAUGGCAGAAACAUUGCUCAACAUAUCUAAUAGUGCUGGGAAUGCAGCUGCUCCAGCUAAGCUCAACAGUAACUCUGUGGUGCCACAGCUACUUAACCCGCUACUGGGGACGGGUCUGCUUGGUAAGUUCAACUUAUUCACCCAUAUAAAAGGAAAAAAACAAUUAAAGAGAGGGUUGGGGAGGGGGAAUUUUGACUCUAAUUCCUAUUGUUAAAGAAUCCACUUUAUUCUACUCUUAUUACAAGGCUUUUUCUAUGUUACAGCUUGUGACAUGACGGCCCUCACGCCCGGCCCGCCCGCCACCCCCAACCCCAUGGCCUGUCUCUUCCAGAACUUCCAGGUGAGAAUGCAGGAAGAUGCUGCUGUCCUGAACAAACGGAUGCUCACUCAGAUGGGAAUGCCGGCGGGCGCCGAGAGCUCCACCGCGAUGCUUCCUCCCUUCCAAGAGCCCUCCUGCGAGCUGCAGGCGCGGACGGAGGCGCCGCUCGGGGCGCAGGCCAAGGACAGCGCGGCCGCGGCGGGGGACGCCUCGGUGGACGCCAUCUACAAGGCGGUGGUGGACGCGGCGAGCAAGGGCAUGCAGGUGGUGAUCACCACGGCCGUGAGCAGCACCACGCAGAUGAGCCCCAUCCCAGCGCUGAGUGCCAUGAGUGCCUUCACAGCCUCCAUCGGCGACCCGCUGAACCUCUCCAGCGCGGUCAGCGCGGUGAUCCACGGCAGGAACGCGGCCGUGUCUGAUCACGAAGGUAGGAUAAGGAACACCAGGGGAACGCGAAUCCUGAAGAAUUCAGAACACGGUAAAAAUUCAAGUGAAGGGGAUGGGUAUGAAUAUUACAAGUCAGCAAGCUGUAACACACCCAAAAAACAGUGGGAAGGGGAGCAAAGUCCUAUCGGUGAGAUAAAUAGAUGGAAAUGUGAUGAGUUUCUAGACCACUCUGCCCAUAUCCAUAGCAGCCCUUGUCAUGACAGGCCCAAUAACAUCUCCACGCUGCCGUUGUUACAAGGGGAGCAGCAUCAGAUACUGUUAUCACAACGAAACUGUCAGAGUGAUAAAAUGUUGGAGGAGAAUUUCAGGUAUAACAAUUACAAAAGAACUAUGAUGAGUUUUAAGGAAAG